GAAAUCUACCACGGUUUCAUGCUUGCCCGCCCUUGCCUUCCCUUCCCUUUCAAGAAGUUCCAGUUCCCGUUCCCAGUUCAGUUCCCAGUUCCAGACGAGAGACGCAGACCCGCAGACGAGUAGCAGUAGAGUUGGUUGGAGUUUCGUUGGAGUUGGAGUGCUGUUGCUGGUUGCUGUUUUAAGAGCAAAGUGCCGGCCGAAGGGUCGAUUUCAAUCCUUCAUCUUUAUUAAUUCAAGUUAAAUUUUUGUGUUAUAAACAACUAUUUCUCCUGAUCGUUUAGUUAUUCCUAUAACUUCCUUUUAUUGAAGUCUGUAUUCUUUAGUUCUUAAAAACUCAGUUAUUUAGUAACCUAACCUACAAACGUAAGUGUCAUCAUGACGAAGUAUCACAAGCCAGAAGCAAAAGUGAUUCAAGAAAUCAAGGAUAUUGCCCACAAACUUAGGAUUGACUCAAUUGUCGCAACCAACUGCUCUAAAUCUGGACACCCCACAUCAUGUUCCUCUAUGGCAGAGAUCCUGGCAGUGCUGUUCUUCCACACUAUGAGGUACAAGCUGUCAGCCCCUCGUGAUCCUUCCAGCGAUCGCUUCAUCCUCUCCAAGGGUCAUGCUGCACCUAUCCUCUACGCUGCUUGGGCAGAGGCAGGUUUGUUCCCAGUGAGUGAUCUACAGAACCUGCGUAAGAUUGACAGUGACCUGGAGGGACAUCCCACUCCUCGUCUCAACUUCAUUGACGUCGGAACUGGUUCCCUCGGACAGGGAGUCUCUGUAGCCGCUGGCAUGGCCUACGUCGGCAAAUACUUCGACAAGGCUUCUUACAGAACAUACGUGUUGGUCGGUGACGGUGAGAGUGCGGAAGGAUCAGUGUGGGAAGCCCUUCACUUUGCCAGCCACUACAACUUGACCAACCUCUGUGUUAUCUUCGACGUGAACCGUCUCGGUCAGUCAGACCCCACCUCUCUGCAGCACGACAUGGAGACCUACCGCAAGAGGCUUGACUCCUUCGGGUUCAACCCUAUCGUCAUCGAUGGUCAUGAUGUUGAGGAACUUGCCAAGGCUUUCCAUGAGGCAGCUGAAACAAAGAGCCGGCCCACUGCCAUCAUCUGCAAGACUUUGAAGGGCAAAUACUUCCCUGAGAUUGAGGAUAUUGUUACUUGGCAUGGACAAGCCUUGGGAGCUAAGGCCGACGGUGUCAUCAAGCACUUGGAAGGCAUGAUGAAGAACAAGGGCCCAAUCAGCCUGGGACCCCAGAAGGUGAUUGAGGACGCUCCAAAGGUAGACAUCUCCAACAUCCGUCUCUCCUCCCCACCCAACUACAAGCUAGGAGAAGCUGUAGCUACUCGGCUGGCAUACGGAACUGCGCUACAGAAGGUGGCUCAAAGCAAUUCCCGAGUUAUUGCUUUUGAUGGUGACACCAAGAACUCAACCUUCUCCUGCAAGAUCAAGGAGGUGGCCAAUGACAGAUAUGUUGAAUGCUACAUUGCUGAACAGAAUCUGGUUGGAGUUGCCAUUGGUGCUGCCUGCCGUGACCGUGCUGUUGCCUUUGCUUCAACCUUCGCCACAUUCUUCACCAGGGCCUUCGAUCAGAUUCGUAUGGGAGCCAUUUCUCAGACCAACGUCAACUUUGUGGGUUCCCACUGUGGAGUCAGUAUUGGAGAGGAUGGACCUAGCCAGAUGGCUCUAGAGGACUUGGCUCUAUUCCGAUCCAUUCCUGGAUCAACAGUGUUCUACCCGUCUGACGCUGUGUCCACGGAGCGAGCUGUAGAACUAGCUGCCAACACUAAGGGAGUGUGUUUCAUCCGGACAUCUCGCCCGGCUACUGCCAUCAUCUACAAGAAUGACGAAGUCUUCAAGCUUGGCCUAGCCAAGGUGGUAAAGCAGUCAGCCAAGGACCAAGUUCUGCUGAUUGGUGCUGGAGUUACGCUCUAUGAGGCUUUGGAAGCAGCUGAUAUUUUGGCCGGAGAAGGCAUAAACGCCAGAGUCAUCGACCCCUUCACAAUCAAGCCCAUCGAUGCUGCCACCAUCAUCGCCAAUGCCAAGCAGUGCGGUGGACGAAUUGUCACUGUUGAGGACCAUUACCCAGAAGGUGGUCUCGGUGAGGCUGUAAUAUCUGCAGUUGCUGGGGAGAGAGAUAUCAUCGUUAAGAAGCUUGCAGUUCCCACCGUGCCUCGCUCUGGACCUCCCAAGGUACUUCUUGAGAUGUUCGGCAUCAGUGCCAAGAACAUUGUGGCCGCUGUUAAGGAAAUCAUCCACAAGUAAACCCAGAAAUCAUCAUAAAAUCAUAUUUCAAAACAACACAUUCCUUCAUCAAGAACUGAUGUAUAAAAGGCAUAGCGUUUAAGUUUUAUAAGUCUAUUUCCAUUUUGUUACUGAAUCUGUUCUUUACCUAAAAUAUUUGUUUAAGUGGGUUUAAAUAAAGUUAUGGAGUAUUGUUCUUA